AUGUCAAGCUCUAGCUCACGUCGUUCUACUCGAAGCCGCCCUGAUGUUGCCGCAUCCCAGCCCCCUUUGGAACCAUCAGCUGAUCUCUUUACCACUGGGACGCCUCAGCUUGAUGUAGAGAUGAGUGAAACCCCAAGCAAUGCCACCCGUGGAUCCCGCAGGAGAAUUGCUGCUGGGGAGGAUCCAUCAGAUGCUGAUCUUCGCUCUGGUUUGAGAACCUCUGAGGUGGAGCCGGGUAGCCCUCUGUCUUAUAGUGAUAUGUCGAGUGUGACGGGAAGCCACGUUGGUGACACCUCUAUUCGACCUGGAGUAAAUGAAGAAAGUGGCACCACCCGACCACAAUUUCCAACCUCGGGUCCAAUGCCACCCGGUGGUGGGGAUACGGCAACUGACAGCUCCGCAGAACCUGGGGCUCAGACCGUUAUUUGGGGAACAAGCGUGAACAUAGCCAAGGUGAUGGAGCGUUUUAAGCGAUUUUUACUCAGCUUUACGUUGACCGACCUACAAGGUCAGCCUGGUCUGACUACGGGUGUUCCGCUAGACCCCAACAGACCACUCUACUUACAACGAAUGGAGGACCUUGCUGUAUCUGGUGGUACAACACUUGAUAUUGACUGUCUGCAUCUACGAGAAGCACAACCCGAGCUCUAUACUCAACUCGUCACUUUCCCGAAGGAGGUCAUUCCUGCCUGCGAUGCCUCCCUGCACGCCCUCUUCAUCGACCGGUUCCGGGAUGUUAGACCUGAAAGGCCCCUACAGACUCGUCCCUUCAACAGCGGGAAGUCCCGUUCUCUUCGCGAACUUGAUCCUGAAGACCUGGAUCAGCUAGUGUCCAUAACCGGCCUCGUUAUUCGCCUUUCGAGUCUUAUCCCCGAGAUGAUGCGGGCCGAAUUCAAGUGUGCAGUUUGUGGCGCCAUGUCGAGCGUCGUGUGCGAGCGUGGACGUGUCGCCGAGCCUGCUGCGUGUGUACGUUGCCACUCAUCCCACACCGCGCAAUUGCAACACAAUAGAUGCCUGUUUGUAGAUAAGCAGCUAAUUAAGCUACAGGAAGCUCCUGAGGACAUGCCGGCAAGCCAGACGCCGCACACUGUUGCCCUGUAUGCACACGAAGACCUAGUUGAUAAGGUGAAACCUGGUGACCGUGUUUGUGUAACCGGGAUCUACAGAGCCUUGCCUCUCAAACUUUCGAAUAGACAGAGGUCGUUGAAGGCUGUCUAUAAAACUUACCUAGACGUACUCCAUUUCAAGAAAGAAAUAUCGGGCCGUCUAUUAUUAGACGAGAAUGAAGAUGAUACACCUCAAGGUGACGAGGCCUCACCCACGAUUUUCCGUCACCUCACUGAGGAGCGCCGCGCGCAGAUAAUCGCUCUCUCACAAAAGCCCGACCUCUAUGAACGACUGUCGGCAGCUAUUGCUCCCAGUAUCUACGAGAACGAGGACGUGAAAAAAGGCAUCCUUCUACAGCUCUUCGGCGGUACAAGGAAGGAUUUCGCUUCGAAGGGUCGUGGCAACUUUCGGUCGGAGAUAAACAUUCUCCUGUGCGGGGACCCUGGCACGUCAAAGUCGCAGCUGCUUCAAUACGUCUACCACAUUUCGCCUCGUGGCCAGUAUACGUCAGGAAAAGGCAGCUCAGCUGUAGGCCUAACGGCCUAUGUAACCAAAGACCCGGAGACAGGGCAGCUCGCUUUACAAACUGGUGCUCUUGUUCUUGCUGACAACGGAACCUGCUGCAUCGAUGAAUUCGACAAAAUGUCCGACUCCACUCGCUCAGUCCUCCACGAGGUAAUGGAACAGCAGACGCUAAGUAUCGCCAAAGCCGGCAUUCUCUGUCAGUUAAACGCUCGCACUGCUAUCCUCGCCGCUGCUAAUCCCGUUGGGUCAAAGUGGGAUCCCUCGAAGACCAUCAUCGACAACAUCCAGUUACCGCACACUCUCCUCUCGCGAUUCGACCUCAUUUUCUUGAUCCUCGACCCCCAGGAUGAAGUCUACGACGCCCGCUUGGCGCGCCACUUAGUUGGGCUUUAUUAUAGAGGCUCAGCCACGGAGUCAUCUGGCCGAGGUUGCCCCACAAUGACUUCUACAAUGGCUCUAGACGAAGAAGAUCCUGCCUACCAUGGUGACUCAGCUGCAAUGCUGCGGGACUACAUCGCUUACGCGAAGGCCAUGUACAAUCCGUCGUUGAGCGAGGAAGCCGGUGAAUAUCUGGUCCGUGAAUACGUCGAAAUGCGAAAACUUGGCGCCAGCCGUGGGCAGAUAACUGCGUACCCGCGUCAGUUGGAAUCUCUUAUUCGCCUUGCCGAAGCCCAUGCUCGAAUGCGCUUGUCGAACUCAGUAAGCGCCGACGACUGUCGUGAGGCCAGGCGUCUCCAGCGCGAAGCCAUCAAGCAAGCCGCCAUUGAUCCGGUCACCGGCACAAUCGAUAUCAAUAUUCUGACCACGGGUGUAAGUAGUAGUGUGCGCAAGCGUCGCGAAGAAAUGGCCGCGGCGAUUUGGUCGAUCCUCGAGCAGCGUCCGCGAGUCAUCACGUUCGCGUACUCGCGAGUCCUCGAACAACUUCGGGCUGGUUCGGAGCGGAUGAUUUCUACGGAGGCGUUUGAGGACGGCCUCAAUGUGCUAAGGAACGCCAACAAAAUUGAGUGGGCUGGCAGCACCAUCAGAAAACGCUAA